AUGAGCCCCAUCUCAAGGCAGCUGUCUAAUACUCUGACGAGGCAACGAAGCUUGCAACAAUGCGAAGGGCGGCCCGACGAACGCAGGAGCCUGUCCCAAAAGUUCAGCCUAUUUCCCUACCGCCCUCACUCCUCCAACACCUCGAGGCCGGCUUCUACCAACACCUCCUCAAGCUCCCUUGGUUCGCUCGCGGGCCAAGCUGGCGGCCAUUUAGAUCCCGGUAAUUGCCCUUUGACCUUGUCGCCUAGCUCGACCACCCCGCGUGCUGGCGAGGUAAACCAGCUGGCUCCGUUAAGCCCACUGACGGAAGUCUCACAACAAUCUGUCAAAGAUGAUAUGUGGACAGACGAUCUUCCGGUGUAUCCCAACCAGUCCUACGCCGUCCUCCAACAACAGAUCUACCCUACCCCAUACCAACCGCCGCUCCUUCGGUCGCAUAGCUCGUAUCCUUCUCACUGCGCUCACUCUUCUCAGUCGCCUGCCCAGAUAUGGACUGGGAACCUCGUCGAUCAGACCUCGAGAACAGCUGGGAAUACUCCUAUGUCAAGUCCUGGACUCUUCUCGGGCCCAUUUGCACCACCGGUCGGCUCAGAUGACCUCCAUAUACAUAAGUCAUAUUUGCAUUCUACCCACUUCCAGGAACCAAAAGAAACGCAUACUGUUGAAGUCGAUCGGGAUUUGCUAACCGGAAAUAAACUUAUCAACGAGUACGAAAUCCUCGGUGAACUAGGCCGCGGAGAACACGGAAAAGUCAAGCUUGGCCGUCAUAUGAGAACCGGACAGAGAGUAGCCAUCAAAAUUGUGCAACGAUAUUCUAAGCGACGGCGAUUAGGUAAACUCGGGAAUCCUGAAGACAAAGUAAAAAAGGAGGUUGCCAUACUAAAGAAGGCUCGCCACCCAAACGUCGUUGGUCUACUCGAAGUCAUCGAUGAUCCAAAUCAGCAAAAAGUUUACAUUGUUCUUGAAUAUGUUGAAAACGGGGAAAUUGUAUGGCGAAAAAAGGGCCUCAAAGAAAUCGUCACCGUGGAUAAAAGGCGAUUUCAAAGAGAAAAGCAGGGCAUCCUAGAGCCUACAUCUGCUAUUGAAGAAAGUAUGCAGUAUGUGGCGAGGAUGCAGAUGCGUCGACACCGGCGAGAAGCUAUACGAAAAAAGAAGCGAUCUAUAUCGACACAGAUGGCCGGAAUCCCCGCCUGGAGUUUAGAGCAUGGCGCUGAAUCCGACGAUGAAUUUGGUCCUGAGUAUACCUUGUCGCCCCUGGCAACAUCUACUGUUCAAGAUCAUAUGGAGGCAUUGACGUCUCCUUCCCGUUCUAUUUCAUCCUCUGGUGAGUUUGAAAGACGUUUGCAUGACUCAGCUUUACAGGUCGUGACAGAAGGAACCCUGUGUAACGCUUUUGUCUCGGACCCUUCUUUGAACCGACGCUUUAGUACGGCUUCGAGUAUACUGGCUUAUCAAACUUCAGAAUCGGACUGGUUCUCUGAUGAGGAUGAUAUGGGAUAUGUGCCUUGCCUGACGAUCGCUGAAAUUCGUUCUGCUUUUAGAGAUGCAGUCCUUGGUUUGGAAUAUCUUCACUACCAGGGAAUUAUCCACCGUGAUAUUAAGCCCGCGAAUCUUCUGGUAACAGCAAACCGAGUGGUCAAGAUUUCAGACUUUGGUGUUUCGUAUCUUGGAAGACCAAUUAGAGAAGACGAAGAUGAGCAAGUUGCAGAGACCGAUGCCACAGAACUGGACGAUGCCCGCGAACUCUCCAAGACUGUUGGAACACCCGCCUUCUACGCACCUGAGCUUUGUUAUACAGGUACUGAGUUCGAGGAUAAAAUUGGCAAGGUGCCUAGAAUCACGGGCGCAGUAGAUGUGUGGUCGUUGGGUGUUACCCUUUACGGAAUGGUAUUUGGGAGACUUCCCUUCGUUGGUGACGAUGAAUACGGUCUCUUUCACAACAUCGUGAAGAAUGAUGUGUUCAUUCCAAGGCAACGCUUAAAGCCAGUCGAGGCUCACAGUCCUUCCACCCAGCAGCCGAAUGUCAACAAACGAGCUGAAGGCGAACUCAUUUACGAGCCAAUCGAUGACGAGCUACAAGACUUACUACGACGACUUCUCGAAAAAGAUCCUACGAAACGCAUCACUGUCAAAGACAUAAAACAUCAUCAAUGGUUGCUUCAAGAUAUUCAAGAUCCACAAGUCUGGGCUGAGCAAACAGACCCUGGGUACCAGAGCAAGGGCAAGAAGAUUGAAGUAUCGAACGAGGAGGUUACACGUGCCGUCACCAAAGUGCCAUUUAUUGAACGAGUUAGGUCAAAUGUUGCGAGAUGGGGAGGUAAUAUCUUUGGUCGUUCAAAAGAAUCUCGAAAAAGAGCUCCUAGUUCUGUUACUUCCAGUGAUGCCCAGUCUGUCUCCUCAGCAAGUAGUAUGACUGUCGGUAAGGAUAUUUUGCGGGAAUUACGCCGGUCAAGCCUGCGAGGCGACGAGGAAAUGAUCAAAACACCGAAGCCAAAUCGAGAAGGGGACCACCCAUUGUCUCAGAGUGUAGUCGCAAGCCCUGUCGAUGGAGAAACUGAAAAUUAUUUUUGCCUGAGCCGUGCUGGUUCGUCUGGGAAUUGGUCUCCUGAUCGCGAUUGUCGACCCGAUUUACCUGAACGAACUACGUCAAACUUCUCAAACGCCGCAUCAGUUAAGACUAUUCGACCGAUGAAACGCGAACCACCACUACAUGAAUUGGAUGUACCUUCUUCCCCAAGUGGUUCGCAUUUCGGUGGAAUAUUUGGGGGAGCAGGGCGGAAAUUGGUCAAGACCUUUACGCUGAGUGAGAGGCGCCGGGAAAGGUCUCCAUUUUCAGACCACUCUUCGUUUGACGGCGACGGCCACAGUGCUCCUAGUGUUGCUGUGAGCACUGCAUCUGCAACAGGCCACCUUGAGUCCCCCGAUAUUCGAGCAACUUCUCUGACUCCAAAUGGGAAUAAUGAAUACCGAAGUCCUACUGUUCGGCCCCUUGCUCGCCAUCGACGGAGUAUAUCGCAUCAAAACAUCGAGAAUAAAUCGGCCCACCCUGUUCGACUGACUCAGGAUACUCUUUUCCGACAUCGUACUCUUGCAGAAUCCUCCGCCCGUGGAAGGCGAGGUCUAGGCCUUUCGCGGGACAAUCAAGACAACCGCCAAAUAUUCCCUGCGAGAGAGAUGGAAUUUGAACACACUGGAGCGUUCAAAUUUCCCCCGCCACGGCCCAUGACCUCACCCCCCUCUGCAGCCACGAUGUCCUCGUCGUCCGCUGAUGAUUUCACCAGCGGAAUAUCUUAUUGUACAUCGCACCCAAGCAUACCGUCUGUGGUAUCGGGGGCAUCUUCGCUGUCAAACGAAGGGUUUUAUGCCUCAAUACUAGAAGAAAAGGGUCCUCGCAAAAUAUCCCCGAUCCUUCGCACAGGGGAGACGAUCACAGUUUCAAAGGAUGAUACAUAUAUCCGAUCGCACGAGGAUGAAAUAAAGUAUGAUUGCGAUGAUGAGGACGAAGAUAAUAGCAGCGACGAAGGCAUUAUCUUUGGUCGCAAGAGAAGGUCGAAGUCUGUUGGUGGAAGGUCGAGACCCAUGAUUCCAUGA